AUGGGGGAAAACAUAACUGAACAAGAAGUUAUUAAUCGAGCGGUUCACGUCAUAACUCAAAGAGCCGAAGACUCCACUGAAGACAAAGACGUUAUUCAGGCCAAGAGGAAACUACUAAAGUGUUUUCGCGAAAUCACUCAGGACGGUUUCACAAAACUCUAUGGCUUCAAUAUUAAGGCUAUUGAUGAAUUCGCGCAGAUGGCUGGAAGGAAUGGUGAUAAAGAGUCAUUUCACUUUAGUGAGUUCGUAAUUUUAAUGAUAAUUUAA